AUCGUUAACUUUAGUGUGCGCCGACCUGUUUCCGUAGACGGCCACAAAAAACCGUCAAAGACAUAGCCACCAACUUUUUUGGACUUCGAUUUCGAUUUCGAGAAACGGUCGCUAAAAUAAGUUUUCAAAAAAUUCCCAAAAGUGACUGUUAACUAGCUGAAAGAGGAAUAUCUGUAUUCCAGCUCAGUGUCGAUCGGCAAGAUUGUGACGUCAGCGCAGCUCAAAAGUGCAAUUAUUCCCCCAACAAAACAAAGCUCAAUUUGCAAUCUCCCGCCCCGUUUUACCCCGUUUUCGUAAUCGCAUCGUGCAAAAAGAAAAUCAAGAAAUUAUUAAAAAAGUGAAUCUGGGAGUUGGCAUCCCGCUCGCACUCCCAGCAACUCGUACCGCUGCAGUCGACGUCGACGUCGCUGUCGCCGCGCUCUUCAUUGUUUAUGUUUUUUUGUGUUCUUCCCCCCAGAAGGCGGGGAAGUAAUAAUAAAAGCAAUGCGCUCGCAAUGAAACGAAAUUGAGUGAAAAAUAAAUUUCGUUUACAAAAAAAUCAAGCGAAAAUAAAGUAAAAAAAUUACAAGCGAAUGAGAAGAAAAAAUUCACUGCCAAGCAAAUUUCACGCCGUAUUUAAUCUUUGCUCACUGACCGCCUCCAGCUUAAUCGCUGCUCGUCUUUCUUUCUGUUCCGUUCGCGAUCGCGAGUGUUCUGUGCCCCGAUUCUGGAUAUAUAGCUCCGGCUUUAGUCCCAGUAACGGCCACCGAUCUAAUCCGACCACGAUCCAUCCCAAUCCCAUCUUUGAUUCAUCUCGAUUCUCGAUUCCACGGGCUGUGUGUUCUGGAGAUAUCCGCGUCGCGUUUUUUGAUUCAGAACAGCACUCGGAACAGAAAUCAUUGAAGUUUCCCAUCCUUAAACUUGAGAAAUUCUCAAUCACUUCGCAUCGAUAAUGAUAGUGCUCUGUGAACGCAUAUGAAAGUGCUGAAGAAAACUUAAAAAUCACAUAAAAAUCCGUUUGGUUCGCAUCUUUUGUUUGGCCAGUGAAGCAAACAGGAACAAACUUAGUUUAAGCAUUUUUAAGGAUAAUAUUAUCACCCUAGGCGAGCGGUUCAGUAAGAUGUCCUCAACAUUGGUCCUUAUCACAGCGCUCCUCUUGGCCAGGACAAUAUGCCAGGCACUGCCAGAUUUGCACAAACGAAUGUCGCCGGAGCAGCUGCAGUCAAUCUUCCACGUAGACACCCACGACGCAGUGCCCAGCUAUGAGCUCGUCCAGCUCUUGCACCAUGAAAACCACAACUAUGACCACCAACGGCGGCGGCGGAGCAUUGGCGCGGGGCCAAAGGUCAACGCCGCCCUGCCGCCCCACCACGUGAAGAAGGAUCUCAGCAAGAAUGCCUACUACAGCGAGCUCAAGCACGAGGCCAUGGCGUCGGGUGGCAACCACCUGUUCGGGCCGGAAGUGAGUGCCAUAAAGUCGCACAACGUGUCCUUCAGCGCCUUCGGCCAGCACCUGAACCUCAGCCUGCGCGCCACCCAAGGACUCUUCAAGGGCGCGCCCCACCAGCUGCGCAUGUGGACGGUGGGUAGCGAACCCAACGCUACCCACGGUCUUGACCUCCAGGAGAUCGCCCACCAAGAGCACCACAAAAACGAAGUGGGGGAAGUCUUUCAGGACGAGAAAAAUAUGGCUGCGAUCUUGAUGCGGCGCCACAUGGAAACUGGUGACCUGAUAAUGGAGGGCAGCAUCGGUCAUGAUCUGGUCAUCAAGCCCUUGCCGCACAAACUGAGUCCCCAUCCCGAGGAAUCCCACCACAUCAUCUACAAGCGCGAGGCUUCCGCCGCAGAAGAGCAACUGAGUGACUUUGCCUUCAUGGAACCUGAUGAUCUGCUGGCCAGCGAAAAGCUCGAGAGGUUGCAGCGCCGCCAGCGUCGCAGUCCACGCAGUGCGCCCAGCAGUCCCGAUUUCGAGGAUCUCAACGACGAGGACGAAGGAGCCCUGGAGACGGAACCCCAAGUGGCCGAGUCCCGGACUCGAUCCCGUCGUCAGGCGCCGUACAUCAUCUAUCCCGAGGUCUUGGUUAUCGUCGACUACGACGGCUAUCGGCUGCAUGGCGGCGAUAAUUUGCAGGUCAAGCGUUACUUCAUCUCGUUCUGGAACGGAGUCGAUCUGCGCUAUCGCCUGCUGAAGGGGCCAAGAAUACGUAUCAGCAUUGCCGGCAUUAUCAUUUCGAGGGGUCGUGAUGCCACUCCCUAUCUGGAACGCAAUCGUGUGGGUCGGGAUGCCAUCGAUUCGGCUGCUGCCCUCACGGACAUGGGAAAAUAUUUGUUCCGGGAGCGUCGACUACCGGUCUACGACAUUGCCGUUGCCAUAACCAAACUCGAUAUGUGCCGUCGCACCUCCGCUUAUGGCGAAUGUAAUCGCGGUACCGCAGGCUUUGCUUACGUCGGUGGCGCAUGCGUGGUGAACAAGCGACUGGAGAAGGUGAACAGCGUGGCCAUCAUCGAAGAUACCGGCGGUUUCAGCGGCAUCAUCGUGGCUGCCCAUGAAGUUGGACAUCUGUUGGGAGCGGUGCAUGACGGUUCGCCGCCGCCCAGUUACUUGGGUGGACCAGGUGCCCAGCGGUGCCGCUGGGAGGAUGGCUACAUCAUGUCCGAUCUGCGCCACACGGAGCGGGGCUUCAGAUGGUCGGCCUGCACGGUGCAGAGCUUCCACCACUUCCUCAAUGGAGAUACGGCCACCUGCCUGCACAAUGCCCCGCAUGAGGACAGCGCCCUGGGUAGAUCCCUGCCAGGAACCCUGCUCUCGCUGGACGCCCAGUGCCGCCGGGAUCGGGGAACGUAUGCCUGCUUCAAGGACGAGCGAGUGUGUGCCCAGCUCUUCUGCUUCGACGCCCAGACGGGAUACUGUGUGGCCUACAGACCAGCGGCCGAGGGUUCGGCCUGCGGAAAUGGUUACCACUGUCUGGAUGGUCGCUGCACACCACUGCCCUCGAACAUCAUUCCCGAUUACGGACACAACUAUCGUUUGGUCUACAAUAAAAUCAACAACAAGAAAGAUGCGACCGAGGAUAUUGAGAGUAGUAGUGAGGAGACCGAGUCCCAGGAGGACGAGAAUGAGAGUAAUGAGGAUCAGGAUGAGGGCAACACUAGUAGCGAGGAGCAGGAGGCCAAUCAGCAGGACAACAAGAUCGAGCAGAGCUCUGCAGCUGUCGCAGCUGCUGUGACGUCGACGACGACAACAACCGUCAAACCCACGACAACCACUGUAAGGACAACAACGACAACAACCACUGCGAGGCCCAAGUCCAAGUCCUUUGGCUAUCUGCAUCGCAGCCUUCCCGAACGACAGUGGAUGCAGGACGAUGGUGUGCUGGUCACGACGCGCAUCAGCAGCAGCGUCAGCAGCAGCAGCAACUCCAAUGGCAACCACAACAACGACCCCUCAGCAACAUCAACACCCAAAAGCAGAACAACAACCACACAAACACCGAACCUAUUCCAAUUCUAUACACACGAACUACGCAAACAAAUCGAAUACUAUUUACACAUGCUACAGACACAACAACAUGCUACCAAAUUGCAACCAGAACAACAGCAACAGCAGUCACAACAACAACAGUCGAUAGUUGAAAUCCCUUUGGUACAAAAACGCCUUACAAAUUAUAGUGUAACCAGCAGCAGCAGCAGCAGCAACGGGGCAAAGCAACAGCCACCGAGCACCAAGGACGAGAAACAGAGACAGCAGCAGCAGCAACAGCAGCAGCAACACCUUCAGGAGCAGCAGCAACUGCAGGAUGGGCUGCCCGAUGAGGAGAACGAGGCGACUGCCGGCAUUCAGAGCAAUGAAGCGAUUGAGCGGCAAAAACGUAAGUUCCCCACACCACCCACAGCAGCAACCAGUGCUGCCAAGACAUCGGCAACAUCAGCAACACCUGCAACACCCACAUCAGCAACAACAACCACCGCCAAACCGAUAACAACUUCAUCAUUCCUCGAUGCGUACUUUAAAAAACUGCAAGCCUUGCAUGAUGGAGGAUCGGCCAGUACCACCAGUACAACCACCUCUGUAUCAUCGUCAGUCAGCUCGGCAACAUUCAGCAAGCAGCAGCAACAGCAACAUGUGCAGCAGCAGCAGCCAGAUGGCAGCGCCUUCUUGAAACGUACGCCAAAUCGGAGUAGUUUUAAGGCAUACAAAACUAGUAGUAGCAGUAGUAGUAACAGCAGUAGUCAGCCACAACAGCAACAAUAUGCGACAAACUAUAUUGGCGACACCACAAACAAUCUGCCAGCGGUGUUGGACAACAGUAACAGUGCGUCGAGCACCACGGAAACCGCCAAGAAACCCAAAAUCAAAACACAAAAACUAAUAAGGCGAACACGAGUCAUGUAAAGGCGAUCCGAUGAGAGGCGGCCGAGAACUCUGAUACCAACUAUCAUAAGCUACUUACUACUCACUGCUAGCCAGAAGCUGCUUGAGAAACCGAACAUCCAAACGAACCGAAGGCUCCCGCUCCCCAACAACAUCAACAUACAAAACCACACACACUAAACAAAGCAACACGCAUCACACACAAGUAAAUGCCAAACCGAUCGAAACCGAAACAGAUACCGAUUCGUUAUCCUUACGUGCGUGGUUAACUGGAAGCUGUUUCCAUUCUAGUGAAAGUGCAAGGCAGCAACAUUGGGGAACGUUUGGAACUGGCACGCUGACGUCACUGCCAUGGAAAUUGGAACAAAUGUUUGCAGUUAAAAGUGUUUUUAGCUAGAAUUUAUUACUAUUAUAAUCUGUAUGAAACCCUAUUGAUUUGUUGUUAGUUCUAGCCGCAACUAAUUUAAAAUAUUGUCUGUUAAAUGCAACUCAAGCAACAGCGCAAAGUUGUUAUGUUCAGUACAUGCAUAUAUUAUGUAAUUUAACUUAAUGCAAAUUCUUGUAAAAUAGUACAUAUUAUUCUGUAAAAAGUUCACCUACACACGCACUUUUGGCAGACAACCUAAAUUAUUCUUUGAUCCACAAAUCAAUCGAAAGGAAAAUUAAUAAUAAUCCCACUUUCCAAUGUGAUAAACAUAUAUAAUUUGUACUCUUUACUUAACAAAAUAUUUAUCAUUUUCUGUUAGAAAAUUGCUAGAAAGGUUUAGAAGCGUUCAUUUACUUACCUUGCCGCACUUUGCCUACAAGAAAACUUAAAUUUUUCAUUCAUUAAUGUAUUAAAUUUGUUAGAAGUCUAAAUUAAAACAAAAAUCAUCACUCUACGUUUACCUAGCCUAAUGCUCUUUUUAUGCAGCAAUAAAAAUGUAAUAGCUAAGUUUUAGUUGUAGUUAACUGAACAUCGUAAAAUAAAUGAAACUGUAAAUUUAUCACACACACAAAAGAAACAAAAGCAUAAUUUAAGAACAAAUAUAUAUAAAGAAGAUUUAUUUGUACAAAAUAAA